AUGUCUGGCCUAGAACUUCCUGGCCUCAUCAUCGGCCUCAGCGGCUUGAUCGCCGUCUUCGAAAAGAGCUUCGAGGUGUGGCACGCGAUACAACAAGCUCGAUCGUUCGGUGAUGAUGUCGCCGACUGGAUGUGCAAGCUGGAGAUGGAAUUCUUUCGGUUCCAGACGUGGUGGACGGCGCUCGAGCGCCUGUCCGUCGCUAGCGGCGCGCGGGCGGCGCGACAGCCCCGGCGAGUGCUAUCGCUCCCUAUUUCAUCGUGCGCGCUGCAGACGGCGAUCCAGAAGCAGUUCGGCGAGCAAGUCACAGACGCCGCGACAAGCGUGCUCAAACUCCUCGAGAAGGCGCGGAUAAUACUAGAAAGAAACGGCAUGCUCGCCGUGAAGCAGCAGCUCAACCAGUCGAGCCCGGUACCCACCACCCCGGACACGCUAGACCUCUCAUCCGGCACAGCGCAAUCCAAGGCUCGACUAAGAACAUUCCGCAAGGAACUCAUGCGGCACACGUCGUGCUCCAUCGUCUACUGGAACGAUGCUCUGUACAGCAUCCUGCCCCAGGCCCUACGCGACAGCGUGCUCCAGCUCGGCAUCGCCGGCUACGUCUUCGACGACGCGCAGCAAGGGGCCGACGUAGCGCGUCUCGGGGGCGAAAGGGAUGGGCUGCUCCGCCGCAGCGCCAAGAUCUUGGCCGUGCGGGCCCAGUUCGAUCUCGAGGUGCGGAUGCAGCGCUUCUUCGCCGUCGACGAGAUUGUGCGCCAGGUGAAGAAGCCGCUCAGCUCGCUGCACGGGCUUCGUCUUGGCGAGGCGGCGGUGGCGGGCGGAGCGCACUACUCCGUGCUCGACUAUUCCUCCUCCGCCGAUGGCGAGGAGGACAAAGGGUGGCGCGCGUGUCGUGCGCUGGUGGAGUGGAUCCCGUUCCCCAAGGGCGGGGAUUUCAAGCUCCAGGAGCUGGCGGCGGUGCGCAUGGCCCGCCUCUCGUAUUCGCUGCAGCAGACGCGCGGGCUCAGCAGUAUCCACCCGCUGGCGUGCGUCGGGUUCGUCGAGUACGCCGACGCCGCUUCGUUUGGCUUGGUGUUUGAGCUGCCUGCGCCUGUGGCCAAGUCGACCGUCGAGGCUGUUACGCUACACCAGAUUCUAUCCUACAAGCAGGCGAGGACGGGCCCUGGUGCUAAGCCCUCGCUGGCUCAGACGUCGUCGUCGCUGCCGUAUCCUCUGCCUUCGCUCGAGCAGCGGAAGCAGCUAGCAGUUACGCUAGUUACUAAUUUCUACUCGUUUUUGCUCACGCGGUGGCAUCACGAGCGCCUCAGCUCGCUGCACGUCGCGUUCCUAGUCGACAAGACCGCCCGCACGAGUUCCCCGUCGUCGCCGCAGCUAACCUCAGCAGCUCUCGACUUUACAGAGCCCAUCAUCGGUGGCUUCGCCGUCUCACGCCCCGACUCGCCCACCGAGCUAUCCAUGUCCUGCCAACCCUCGCCCCUCGAACUCCUAUAUCUCCACCCAGCGAUCCGAACACGCCUCGCAUCCCGCUCCGCCUCCUCCGACAGCACCGAGCCCGCAGCCCGGUUCCAGCGCAUCUACGACAUCUACGCGCUGGGCCUGCUCCUCGCCGAAGUGGGGUUCUGGAAACCGGUGUCGCGCCUCGCGGAGGGGCGGUGA